AUGUUAAACAAGAUGACCUCCUCUCAGAAGCAGCAGAUGAUGCGAGGUCCUAGGUGGAACCGGGCCUUGUCCGACCCUUUGUUUGUGCUGCUUCUGGCCCUCCAGCUGCUGGUGGUGGCAGGGCUGGUACGCGCUCAGACGUGCCCCUCUGUCUGCUCCUGUAGUAACCAGUUCAGCAAAGUCAUCUGCACCCGGCGAGGCCUGCGAGAUGUCCCAGAUGGCAUCUCUACCAACACACGCUACCUGAAUCUGCAAGAAAAUCUCAUUCAAGUCAUAAAGGUGGACAGCUUCAAGCACCUAAGACAUCUGGAGAUCCUGCAGCUGAGCAAAAAUCACAUACGCAAAAUUGAGCUGGGAGCCUUCAAUGGACUAGCCAGCCUCAAUACCUUGGAGCUUUUUGAUAACCGCCUCACUACUAUCCCAAACGGGGCAUUUGAGUACCUGUCCAAACUAAAGGAGCUUUGGCUAAGGAAUAACCCCAUAGAGAGCAUUCCCUCCUAUGCUUUCAACAGAGUGCCCUCAUUACGGCGGUUGGACCUUGGGGAGCUCAAACGGCUCUCCUACAUAUCUGAGGGGGCCUUUGAAGGGCUGAGCAAUCUGCGCUACUUAAAUCUUGGAAUGUGCAAUCUGAGGGAAAUUCCCAACCUUAUUCCCCUGGUUAAGCUGGAUGAACUGGAGAUGUCAGGGAACCAGCUCACUGUCAUCCGACCUGGCUCUUUCAAAGGGCUCAUUCAUUUACAGAAGCUAUGGAUGAUGCAUGCCCAGAUCCAGACCAUAGAAAGGAACUCUUUUGAUGACCUGCAGUCACUAGUGGAGCUCAAUCUAGCCCAUAACAACCUUACUCUAUUGCCCCAUGAUCUCUUCACUCCAUUACAUCACCUCGAGAGGGUGCACUUGCACCACAACCCGUGGAAUUGUAACUGUGACAUCCUCUGGCUAAGCUGGUGGCUUAAGGAGAUGGUACCAGCAAACACGAGCUGCUGUGCCCGCUGCAGCUCACCCUCCAACCAUAAGGGGCGAUACAUUGGUGAGCUGGACCAGAACUACUUUCACUGUUAUGCUCCUGUUAUUGUGGAGCCUCCCGCAGACCUAAAUGUGACAGAGGGAAGCGCUGCAGAGUUGAAAUGCAGAGCCAGCUCCUUGACCUCAGUAAGCUGGAUUACACCCAAUGGUUCCAUCAUGACACACGGUGCAUACAAGGUCAGAAUCUCUGUGCUGAAUGAUGGCACUCUGAACUUUACCAAUGUUACCAUGCAGGACACAGGUACUUAUACAUGUAUGGUGAGUAAUUCUGCAGGUAACACAACAGCAUCUGCCACACUCAAUGUGUCCUCUACAGAGAAUAGUAGCUUCAGCUACUUCACCACAGUGACAGUGGAGACCAUAGAAACGCCACAUAAUGAAGGCUUCACCACUACUGUGCAACAGAAGGUGGGCCCCACCCCCUCUGCUGGUACGUGGGAGUCUGUUUCGCCCACCUCUACAACUACCACCACAGUCCGGAUCCCACUCUCCACUCGCGCCACAGAGAAGACUUACACAAUCCCUGUCACAGAGCUGGGUGGGGAGGGCUCACUGAAUGGCUUGGAUGAAGUAAUGAAGACAACCAAGAUCAUAAUUGGCUGCUUUGUUGCAAUCACACUCAUGGCAGCUGUCAUGCUGAUCAUCUUCUACAAGAUGCGCAAACAGCACCACCAGCAGAACCAGCAUGCACCUACACGCACCAUUGAGAUCAUCAAUGUGGAUGAGGACUGUGUAACAGGAGGCCCAGGCAUGGAGGGCCACCUGACUCUGCCUCCUCUUGAGCACGAGCACCUAAACCAUUAUAACACCUAUAAAACAGCAUACAACCAUGCCUCCACUAUCAACUCCAUACACAGCUCAGCGCACGAACCUUUGUUAAUCCGGGCCAGCUCAAAAGACAAUGUACAAGAGACCCAAAUCUAAUCCUUUUUUUUUUCAAAACAAGACAUUAUAAAGCUGAUGGAAUUACAUAAAGACAUUACUGACUGGAAAUUACUGACAACUGGUUGCAAGGACUGUGGCUCAAACGUGAGGUUUAGAAACGUGGUGUGGCAAAUCAGUGACUGGUGAUGUUUAUUCAAUGACUUUGGGAAUUAGGGUAUGUCUACUGUUUCAAAAAGUGUCUUUACAAAACAGAAGUUAUUUAUUUAAGAAAAAAAACUAGUGUGGUUAAAUCAAGA